AAGUCUCAAUCGUAAUAACAAUUGUUACCUGCGCUCACAUAUUUUUACCCUCUCUUUGAGAUAAAUAAAACUCACACCGGAAAACCCUGCGAGACAAGAAUCACAUCGGCGCCGGCGCGGCGACGGGACCGGAAACUGUAAAUCCUUUUCAAUUCCAUUAUUACGUUUAAGGAGGUAUCAGUUAUCGACGAUGAAUAACUCCACAGCAGGACCUUCCUCGAAAGUAAAAACGGGCUCAUCCCAGUCUUCAGAGAGCUCCUUAAAGCGUAAACGGGGAAUGUUCCAGAAGGACUUGCAUCAUAUGAUGUACGGAUUUGGAGAUGAUCCAAAUCCAAUCCCAGAGACAGUUGCACUGAUUGAGGACAUUGUUGUGGAAUAUGUCACCGACAUGGUCCACAAAGCUCAAGAAACCGCUUCCAAAAGAGGGAAGCUUUUGACAGAAGACUUCCUCUUUCUAAUCCGAAAGGAUCUGCCAAAACUGAAUCGUUGCACAGAAUUGUUGUCAAUGAACGAAGAAUUAAAGCAGGCGAGAAAGGCCUUUGAUGUUGACGAAGAGAAACUGGCAACAAUCGACUAACGUGCUAUAUCAAUAGUUAACAGUUAGAUGGCUCCAUACGAGAUACUUUUUGACAAGUUUUCUUUUUAAAGCUUUUUAAGCAGGAAAAGAAAAUAGGUUACCAUCUUGACCGAAUAGUAUGUUCAACUGUAAGAAAUGUCUGAUCACUUGGCGAUUGCAUACUUUGAUUUGUAGAAGGAAUAUGAUCCAUUUGCAAUCCUUGCCGGAGCUUUCCAACCAAAAACAUGGCCAGUAAAAUUGGAAGUAGUGCAGUAGAUAAUAAUUAACUAAAA